UUUUGCUUUCCUUUUUCUUUCUCUUGUUUGACAAAGCUUACCUGUGCGAAGUCCAGAUCUGUGCUUCUCUUGAUCAUUAUUUUUGUAUUUUUGUUACACUCUUAGAUUUUUUUACAUUUUCUUUUUUGACUUCCUUGUCUAGUCACUGUGUCAUGUUUCCCACUUGAAUCCCAGGUUGGAAGUAUGGGAUUCUUUUGUGUGGUUUAUAUAGGCUUGAGUUCUCCAACGUGGCUAGAUUUUGGACUUUGACUAUUCUAAGUUCUAUGACAAUGGUAUCAAAGUUUAAGCCGUUGAUGUUGGAGAAUCCAAAAGCCUAUUCAAACCGUAGAGGUUGGAAAACCCAAAAGCUAGUUAUUAAGGUUGGAUAACUGUCAGGGCCACUGAAAUGAGUACUCGACUAUAAACUUCAGAGCGCCAUGGGCUUAGCCGAGGUAGAUGGCCCGGAGUUUAUACAAACCACACAAAGGAAGUCCAUACUUUCGAUGUGGGAUCCAGGUGCUGAUACACCUUAAUGAGAACCAUGACAAAUCAUCAGGCUUCUGACUCGACGUCCACAUCGAGUAGGAAGCCAUACACUUUAAGUGUUAACUUAGCCAAAAGACACAAUUCCUGCUUUGAUACCAUUGUCAUAGAACCUGGAAGUGGCAGGCCCCGAAAAGUAGCCAUUAAGGUUGGAGAACUAAGCAUAUAUAAAUCACACAAAAGAAGCCCUUUCUUUCAAUGUUGGAUUUAGGUGUUUGUACACUCCAAUGGGAACCAUGACAUAUUGUAAAAGAAAUUAAUCGAAUUUGCAAAGGACUUGUUCUCGAGAGAAUUUUACUACGUGUAUAUCUGUUCCAUGUUCAGCAGGCCUUCCCACGAACAAAUAUAUUACAAAAAGAAGACUGUUUCUUCUCUUGUUUCUUUUCUGGGUGAUAAAUUGGUUAAAUGUAUUUAAUUUAAGUGGUAACAAUGAGCUUUUAGGGAUACUGACGUAUUUGAGAUUAUUUUUGAUUAUUAUGAACAUCAUUUCCGCCAUUUAUGGAAAACUUUCGAGGUUAGUACAUAUCUUGAGUUUCAUGUUUUAUUAUUAUUGUUAUUAUUAUCAUCAUCUUCAUUAUCAUCAUCAUCUCAAGUUCUUACUCUACAUAUCUAAGUGAAAGUACAACGUGAUAUAUGUUCUAAUUAAUUAAAAAUAGCUCUGCGAUUUGAAGAUUCCAUGCUUCAUAUAUUUAACUAUACUAAUGCGAUAAUUUCAAAUAGUAAUCUUUGCUUAUUUCUGUUCAUUGAACUAAUAAAACUUAUUAAUAACUCAGAAUGAUUGGAAUUUAUAUGAGAUUGAGAGGGAAAUUUGAUGAUUCAUCCAUAGAAAAGUGUGAAAUGAACAAUAAAAUCGAAGUUGCGUACUUGUGUCCACACCAAUUUGAGCGUUGCACCAUCUUUCUUUGUUUACAUAUUUCUUUUGCUUGUUUUCUGCACACUACAUUCACAAUAUGUUUUUCCCCUGUUUAUUCAGAACCGCCCCCGUGUUAGUUUCCUCUACUUCUGCGAGAUGUCCUUAAAAUACUUGUUUUACUUGGAUUUUGGAACUAUGGUAUCUAGGUGCGAUUGAAAGUUUUCUCUGUUGAUAAACUGUCCUGUAACUGAAAUUUUUGGUAUUGUCUCUUUUGGUUAUAUUUUUACAAUGAAAUGUGGAUAUAAACAUUAUGGUUCAUAGUCAUUGAUUUUUCAUUGAGGACUUUGAAUGUUAAGUGUACAAAUCGGAGCACAAAAUUGCCUACUAUUUUGGAGUUGUCAGCAAAGGAGUCUGAAAUAUUUAAUCUAUCAUCGUUGAAAAUCUUCUGAAUCAUUACUUGUCAUCAGGAUCCUGCAUAUUAUGUUCUUUCCGAAGACGCCUCCCCUUGCAUUUUUGGUCCAGUUGAGAAACAGAGAUGGUCAUACGCGUGUGCGAAGCAAUUGAUUGAGAGAUUGAUUUACGGCCUUUCAACUGGAUUGGUCCCCGAAUGGAUUUCAUACCCGAAAUUGAUGGUCCCAAUGAAGGUGUUCCAAGAGUUCUUGCCUGCUUUAGCAAUAAUCUCCUAAGGCGCGAACCACUUAAGCUUGUAGAUGGUGGCCAAUCACAGAGAACCUUUAUUUAUAUAAAGGAUGCCAUUGAAGCUGUUCUAUUGAUGAUUGAAAAUCCAGCCAAGGCUAAUGGGCAAAUUUUCAAUGUGGGCAACCCUAACAAUGAAGUUACUGUGCGGCAACUUGCUGAAAUGAUGGCACAGGUUUACUCAAAGGUUAGUGGAGAAUCAUCACUAGAAACACCUACCAUCGAUGUUAGUUCCAAAGAAUUUUAUAGUAAAGGAUACGAUGAUAGUGACAAGAGAAUUCCGGACAUGACUAUUAUUAACAGACAACUUGGAUGGAAUCCAAAUACAUCACUUUGGGACUUGCUCGAAUCCACUCUUACUUACCAACACAAAACAUAUGCUGAAGCUAUCGAGAAGGCCAUUUCAAAGUUUGUUGCUAGCUAACAAAAAGUAAUGUUGGGUUCCCUUACUGUAGUCUGAAACUUUGGUGCGCCUUUCAAAUCUUUAUGAGGAUCUCGUAGCUAUCUUUCAUAUGCUUCCUUCUCGUAUAUGUGGUAUCACUAGCUAGCAGCGUACAGUUGCAGGAAUCUUGUAUGUCUAAUAUCUUUUACUAAGCAACACUCUGAUGGGGGUAUACUUUGUUGUAUUUUACAAGACAGCCUCUUUUCUUCGGAAUUU